AUGGCGAACAUCCUGGGCACGCCCGUCCUCCACAUCUAUCCAGGAAAAUGGGACCUUCCCUCCAUUGAUCCAGCUAGUCUUGCCUCAGUGCUUUAUCUCCAACUUGCCAUCCCACACCGCUUCUCAGUAAUCGAGUGUGCCAAUCCAGACGAGAGUCCCAGUGGACAGUUUCCCUACUUGACUCAUGGAAAUCACCUUGCCGCGCCUCUGUCCACCAUCAUAAAAUAUGUUUCGGGUCUGUCGCCGAACUCUCUACCUGUCCAGGAUGAGUCUGGCGCGGAACAGAUAUUCUCCACCAACCUCGAUGCGCUGCUCAGUCCUGUUGAACGUGCCCAGCGAACAGCUUGGUGUGCUCAUAUCCUGACUACACUCGGAGACCUUGUCGCUCAUAACUUCUACUCCGUCCCAACGAAUUACACCGGCGUGACCCACCCAGCCCUCAUCUCUUUCCUCUCGGUUCCACAGAGGUACUAUGUCCCACAUCGUAUGCGCGAGAUGCAUCAAAACCGGCUUGCUGCCAGCGGUCUGUGGGAUGUUGAUGCAGAAGAAGUAGAGGAUAAGGAGGCCGAAAAGAAGUUCGGUCAAAAGAAGGAGGAGAAGGCAGACCCAAAGAAAAUCUUCAAAGAGACAUUCCAGAGGGAGAGAGUGCUUGACCGAGCAAGGGACGCCUUCGACCUCUACUCACGUCUACUGGGCGAGAAUCGGUUCUUUUACUACGACCGUCCAACGUCUAUCGAUGUCUUCCUCGCCGCACACAUCCUUCUCAUGCUCAAACCACCCUUCCCAAACCCCUUCCUCGCCUCCCUACUAGAAUCUUCCUAUCCAACCCUCGUCUCGCAUGCUGACCGUGUCCUCCGCACGGCCUUCCCCACCCUGGCCAUCGCGCCGGCCCAAGAGACCUACAAAACCCAGCUGCACAUGCUCCCACCCGAAACCUACUCCAUACGUUCCCUACUCCCCUCCUUCACGUCCUGGUCGGCCAACCCUGCCGGUCUGUUCCAUAGACGGGGUGCUACAGAGGAGAAAAGCGAGGAGGAUAAGCGGUUUGAUAGAAUGAGGCGGUUGUGGAUCGGGAUGGCGGCGUUGGGGACUGUGGGGUUCUGGGUACUUUAUGGGCCGAGGUUUCGUCUUGUGGUCCCAGACGAGGAGGAUGAAGAAGGGUUCGUAGAGGAGUUCGAAGAGGGUGAAGAAGAGGAAGGUGACGGUGAGGGCGAUGAGUAGAAAGUGUAUUCUGCUAUAAUGGAUUUGGCUGCG